AUCAUUAAAAUUAUAUACUUCAUAUUUAAGGGGGAAAUUGGUAUAUUAUACACUCGAUAGCUAAUGCAAUAUAAUUUAUUAAAUUUUGAUAUAGUGGGAAAGUUUAUUAUGAAAUUAUUAGAAAAUGUUGGCAAAAAAAGAAGAAGAAAUUAUUAGAAAAUAAAACGCUUUUAAUAAUUGGUGGAAAUAAUGAGUAAUCUUCUGAGUUUGGUGGGUCACCCGACCUAAUAGACAACUCAUUGAUUUCAUCUUACGUCAUGGACAGCUCAUCCAAUGCGAAUAAUUUCUUUUAUUUUUAGAUUUAUCGUGUAUAUUUACAGUUGGGCCUCGCGAGCAAAGCAGUAAUGGGUUCAUACGACGUUUGUGGGCCACAUUUCUGAAAAGGGUUUCAGUUCCUUUUUUUAGUUCAUUAUUAUUACUCGUAUCUCUAUUAUUGGCAAGUGGUAGUACAACUAUGGUAACAUGUUAAAAAAAAGUUUGGUAAAAGGUAACAUGUUAAAUUGUGUUAUGGAGAAACUAAUUGUGUUCAUAAAAAAAGGAGAAACUAUAUAUUAAUCACUCAUAAACUUCAUUAAUUAAACUCAAUCAGAUACAAACGAUCUAUCCUUUUCAUUAAACGAAUAUGUCCUUUUCGUUAGUUAAACUCAGUCCGAUACAAAACAAUAUAUCUUUUUCAGUAGUUAAACUUCAUUAAUCACUAUCUUUUAUCAUUUUCUUGACAAUUAUCUACGUGUAAAACACUAUUUCUUCACCCAUUUAAUUUAGAGGAUGUACAAAGGUUGAGACUAGCAGUUGGAUCUAUAUUCAUAAUCGUUGACGAACAUUAGGUAUCAACAACAACUCUUUUUUUUUUCUUUUCAUGCAAGUAUAAUUCGUUUUAUACCUUGCCACAUAUUAAUUCGUUCGAUAUGAUUAGUUUCUCAAUCUAGUAUAAAUGUUUUUUUUUUUUUUGCUUAAAAUCUAGUAUAAAUGUUUAGGUGGUAACAAGAGAAUGGUUGUUACAGUAGACACCAAAGUAUCAGACCAAACAGUCAUGAAACAUCUAAACCGUCAAUUAUAUUUUUCAUCAACGACUCGAACCUUCAACAUAUAACCAAAACAAACAUUCGUAAUAUAAUUCACGAAUUGUCUAUAACUAACAGAAGAGAAAAAAAAAAAAAAAAAAAAGAGGACCAUGAGCUCCACAGAGACAUACGAGCCGCUAUUGAGACGGCUCCACUCAGACUCGCAGAUCACCGAACGUUCUUCACCGGAGAUAGAAGAGUUUCUCGGCCGUGGUCGAUCCACGGUGACGCCACGGUGGUGGCUAAGGCUGUUUGUGUGGGAGUCAAAGCUUCUAUGGAAGCUCUCUGGAGCCUCUAUUGUCGUCUCUGUGCUGAACUACAUGCUCAGCUUCGUCACCGUAAUGUUCACCGGCCAUCUUGGUUCUCUUGAGCUCGCCGGCGCUUCCAUUGCCACCGUCGGUAUCCAAGGCCUCGCUUACGGUAUCAUGUUGGGAAUGGCGAGCGCGGUACAGACAGUGUGUGGUCAAGCGUACGGCGCAAGACAGUACUCAUCAAUGGGAAUAAUCUGCCAACGAGCCAUGGUCUUGCACCUCGCAGCUGCGGUCCUCCUCACGUUCCUCUACUGGUACUCUGGUCCCAUUCUAAAGGCAAUGGGCCAAACCGUAGCCAUCGCACACGAGGGUCAGGUCUUUGCGCGUGGGAUGAUUCCUCAGAUCUACGCCUUCGCUCUCGCUUGCCCUAUGCAGAGGUUCCUCCAGGCUCAGAACAUAGUCAACCCUUUGGCUUACAUGUCUUUAGGAGUUUUCUUGCUCCACACGUUACUCACGUGGCUUGUAACCAACGUGUUGGAUUUUGGCUUGCUCGGUGCGGCUUUGAUUCUGAGUUUCUCGUGGUGGCUGCUCGCUGCUGUGAACGGUUUGUAUAUCGUGAUGAGCCCGAAUUGUAGGGAGACUUGGACCGGGUUUUCAGCUAGGGCUCUUACAGGGAUUUGGCCUUACUUGAAGCUCACGGUAGCUUCAGCAGUCAUGCUAUGUUUGGAGAUAUGGUACAACCAAGGGCUAGUGAUUAUCUCCGGUUUGCUCACCAAUCCCACAAUUUCCUUAGAUGCAAUUUCGAUUUGCAUGUACUACUUGAACUGGGAUAUGCAGUUCAUGCUUGGUCUAAGUGCAGCAAUCAGUGUCCGUGUGAGCAACGAGCUAGGAGCUGGAAAUCCACGAGUGGCUAAGUUAUCAGUGGUGGUGGUGAACAUCACGACAGUUCUCAUUAGCUUACUCCUCUGUAUCGUGGUGCUUGUGUUCCGUGUCGGUCUAAGCAAAGCCUUCACCAGCGACAAAGAAGUUAUAGUGGCAGUCUCUGACCUCUUUCCUCUCCUCGCAGUUUCGAUUUUUUUAAAUGGAAUCCAACCUAUUCUCUCUGGGGUUGCUAUUGGAAGUGGGUGGCAAGCAGUGGUGGCUUAUGUGAAUCUUGUUACUUACUAUGUCAUUGGUCUUCCUAUUGGCUGUGUACUUGGCUUCAAAACAAGUCUUGGAGUUGCUGGGAUCUGGUGGGGAAUGAUUGCAGGAGUCAUACUUCAAACCAUAACUUUGAUUGUUCUUACACUUAGAACUAACUGGACUUCCGAGGUGGAAAAUGCAGCUCAUAGGUUGAAAGCUUCAGCAAAUGAGAGUCAAGAGAUGGCCACCGAAGGAGUUUAAAAAUAACAGCAACAUCAACUAUGUUAUUGUCUCCUCUGUUUUGGUGGCAAGAGCUAUGAAAUAAAUAAUCUUUUGUCUCUUAGUAUUCAGUACAACAUUUCUUUUUGUUAACUAUAAUGGACAAACUACAAUGUCCUCCUCUACAAAAUCUUUAUUUCGGCUU